UGUGUCAACAAAGCUGGGGAAGAAACGGGCAGCUUGCAGAUUUCGGAUGGUAGUUGAUGUAAACAUGGUGCAAAUAAGACUAGAAUAAUGUGGUCGGCUACGUGAUGAAAACGAAAGUAACCGCACAAAGAAACGGAUACUGGAAUUUGACAGAUCUGGAAAGGCAAUUAAAAAUCUUUUGAUAUGGAACCUUUGUGACCAUGAAUCGAUGGUGCCUGACUGGGCAUGUCUCUCUCGAGUCGGCGUGAAAAAUGAGUGUCGUCCGGGCCAUUGGAAGCAGGGGUUUGCCGAAGGCCUUGAUAUGAACGUUCUGAUGCUUCGCUGGCUUUGCCUGCUCACCCUGAGCCUCCCUCUGUUGUUUUGGGUUGGACAUGUGAUGAUACGGGACGGCCCAUCACCUGCUGCGGCCAGGAAGGGACUCGAAGGCUACAAGAGGAUCAAGCCCGGCAGAAUGGACCAGAUACUGGACAUCAACUGUAGUCAGUGUGUCUUGGUCUCCAGCUCAGGUCAGAUGCUCGGAGUUGGCGCCGGAGAGGAGAUAGACAAAAUCGGGUGUGUGAUCCGGAUGAAUAAUGCGCCCACUAAGGGGUUUGAGAAAGACGUUGGGAGGCGCACCACCGUUCGUGUUGUGUCUCACACCAGCGUUCCCCUGCUGGUAAAAAAUGAGCAGUAUUAUUUCCAGCAGUCAGCAGAGACCACAUACGUGUUUUGGGGUCCUGAAAGGAACAUGAGGCAAGAUGGCAAAGGACACAUCUUCAAUGCCCUCCUGAAAAUGGCAAAAAAAUAUCCAAAUGUCCGAAUGUAUGCUGUGACGAAAGACAAGAUCGAGUACUGUGACGGGGUAUUUCAGAACGAAACGGGAAAAAACAGAAUGAAAACUGGGGCGUUUCUCAGCACUGGAUUCUUCACCAUGAUUCUGGCCAUAGAAAUGUGCGACAGCAUCCAUGUUUAUGGAAUGAUUGAUGACGGCUACUGCAGCCGAGCCAAUCACAGUGUUGUUCCCUACCAUUAUUAUGAACAAAAUAGAAUCAAUGAGUGCAAGAUGUACAAGGUCCAUGAGCACACCCAACGCGGAGGCCAUCGCUUCAUCACUGAGAAAGCCAUCUAUGCCAAAUGGGCAGCACGCCACAGGAUAGAGUUUAAACACCCCUCCUGGAGCCUCUGAAGAAUGAGAUUAAGCUUUACUGGUAACAAAUGAUAAUGGCCCCUAGGUAUUAUAGAGAUCAGUAGGACUACAAGAAAAAAACAUUAAAACACAACACCAUAAAUUAAAACCAGUCAAUACCAAAGCUGCUAUUAGAUUCUUUAUAACUGUGCCUUGACUUUUGCUCUUUUCUGCACAGUUCUUUUUACUUCAUGCUUCAAUCUGGUUUGUGUAAUAUAAAGCUGCAACUAUAUACAUUUCAUUUGAGACAGAAAGUGCAUUAUAAUUAUAUACACAGACUGUAUAUAAAAGAUAUACCUAGCUAAAAAAAAAAGCUAAUGUUCUUUAAAGGUGCUUCAUUUCAAAUGGCCAGCAGGGGGCGACCCAUCUGGUUUAAUAGAAGUCUACACAAAAACAGCCCUUUAUCCCUUGUUAUGAGUUUGUGGUCUCAGUUUCAGGUUUUACUGAAUAUAACAUGUUGAUUUUAUAAAUUAGAUUCCUCAGAGUCAAAACAGACAGUAAUUAGAUUAAGCUUUACUUUGUGGUGGACGCUGUCCCUCAAUUUCUCAUUAAGAACCUCACUAACCAAUGGGUGUCAUGAUGACUAUGCCAUCAUGGCCAUCUUUUACAUACAGCCUAUAGUUAUGUAGGGUCACAAUUAGGUUAGUGCUGCCUUUGAAUCGAUAACAAAUUGUCAGAAAAUAACUGGCACUUACUUUACCAUCACAGAAAUCCAAACACACAUAAGAUAGUGGCAUUUUAGCAUUUUUGUAUGAAAGAUAACUUAUUAUAAGAAAGUCAACCACCAGAAAAUCCAGCUGAUUAGAACAAAUAAUGACUAAUCCCUUCAGCUCUUCUAUUAUUGUUUUACACACUCUUGGUCCAUGAUCAUGAUCAAAAGAUGACAAUGCCGAUUCAGCAUUAAAGCACAGUUGAGGUAAUACUGUAUUUAUGGCCUCGGGACAUUUCAAAAGGAAAGCUGUUUUCAGACAAGCCUUUGUGUUGCAUUUCAUUUGAACUUUUUCAACAAAUAAGCAUAUUUGAGCAACUUGAAGUUGGUGUUUAUUUCUGUAAAAACCUCUUACUGUUAUGCUGUAAGCUCUCUACUGAAAGCUUUAUGCUUGCAUUUCUUGCUAACACAGUAACUGUAACAAUAUGGGUGAGUUACAGUGUUAAAAAGCUUGAAGUGGCAACAUUUCAUUGAAUGUGCAUUAACGUGUUCAGGUCUUUCUGUGGUGCCGUUGAACUCGUGAUUCUGCAGUUUGCUGUUUUCACAUCUGUUUUGGUGGCCACAUACUCGCUCACACUCACGGAAACUGAAAAAACCCUUUAGGGUGUGUAACAAAAUGUUACAUUUGAAUGAACAAUUGUGAGCAAAGUAAGACUCUCACUGUCUUGUUUUAAUACUGAAUUUCAUCUUUAAAGUUUUUUUACCAUUUAUAAUUUGCUGCCUGUUACUAUUAAAAACAUAGCACUGCGUUUUCAGUUGCAUAAUGCUUAUUUGGUGGCUUAUUACAGAGACUGCAUCAGUAUUUGCACUAGUGAGGAAGCGUUUUGCUAUGAUGUGUACUUCAGACAUGAAGUGUUUAAAUUUACUUGUGUUUUAGCAGCCAAAGUCCAUGUAUAUGGUAAAAAGAAAAAAAACAACCUUUGAAGGCACAAACUUGAAUGUAAACACUCAUCACUGUGAGAUAAGUGUUAUUAUGAAUAAACCUGCUAAAGAACA